AUGCAGAAGAAGAAUACGAGCAGCAGCAGCUGCAGCAGCAGCAGCUGCAGCAGCAGCAGCUGCAGCAGCAGCAGCUGCAGCAGCAGCAGCAACAGCAGAAAGGAGACAAACUGCAACACAAACCAACAGCAGCAGGAGAUGAGCAGCUGCAGCAGGAGACAAGCAGCAGCAGCAGGAGACAAGCAGCAGCAGCAGACACCGUCAGCUGCAGCACAGAAAGGAGCAGGAGGAGACAGUGAGCUGCAAAAGGAGACAAUUAGCAGCAGCAAGAGACAGCAGCAGCAGGAGGAGACAAUCAGCAGCAGCAGCAGCAGCAGCAGCAGCAGCAGCAGCAGCAGCAGCAAGAGUUUCAAUGGAGGCUCCAAAGGAGCCCCAGCUGCAUGA